AUGAUAGAGCAACCUACUACAGAAGCUCAACCAUCAAGUGCCACCACCACCACUACUACCAUGACUACCACCACUCCUACCACCACUACUACUAGCUCUGCAAGAAAAACACCUACCACCACAUCAACUGCAUCUGUUGAACCGAAUGUGACAACAAUGCCUCCACCUUUGGUCACAACAAUGGUCACCCCACCUUCUGUUGUUUCACAUAUGCCUAUGCUUGCAAUGACUCCCACAACAAAGACAAUAAUUAUUCAUAAUGUGGAUUUGGACUCAGACCAAGUGGAGGUUGAGCCAACACUAAAGAAGGAGAAACAACAAGGUGAAGCGGGGGAAAUGGGACAAACACAGGAUGUAGAGCAUGAUGAAAGACUUGUUCUCACUCCACAAGAUGUGGAAAACUUGCUGAAAGAUAUCAUAGGUGGAGAAGCAGAGCAACAAGGACCAGAGCCGACCAAAGAUUUCAAUAAACAACUGAGUGAGAGAUUAGAAUAA